GGCUAACACAAUUUCCCCAAAACAGAAAAUGGCCGGUCAAGAAGAUCCUGUGCAGAGGGAGAUCCACCAAGACUGGGCAAAUCGAGAAUACAUUGAGGUUAUCACGAGCAGUAUAAAGAAAAUAGCAGAUUUCCUAAAUUCCUUUGAUAUGUCCUGCCGGUCUCGUUUGGCCACCCUAAAUGAAAAGCUGACAGCGUUAGAGAGGAGGAUUGAGUACAUUGAAGCAAGGAUCACAAAAGGAGAGACCUUGACCUAAACCAAGAUAGUAUGCUGGACUGGGUGCUGCAGUUUGGCUGAGGAUAGAAUACUACAUUUGUGACCAAUUCCAUUUUUGCCCUUCUUUUUUUUUUACUACGUAUUUUUUUUUUUUUAACAAUUUAUUGGUUCUGUGGGACCCCCCAAACAAUUGCUUUUUCAAACUGUGUGUAUUUUACGACCAUAGCUACUGGAUGGUGAUGGUAAUACCACAGCAUCUCCCACAAUGUUAUAAUCGAGACUCAGUUAAUGCUAUCUUGUAUUUAUGUUAUCAUGGGCCAACAUAACUUGUUCAUUGAUUUGAUUUGCACAAAUACAUGAACUUCCUAACAGGGGAAAGUUUUUUUUUUUAGACACUUUGUAACCAGGUUAAAUCAAAAGUGACCAUGUGAAUGAGUGUCCCACCCCUAUGGAGAUUUCACAGCACAUGCAUUGCAGAAAUAUCCUUCCCAUUAGGCUGAACCAGGAUGAUUUGAACCACAGGAAGAGGAAGUGCCAAAAGGAAUAGUCAGCUCUUUUACUGUGGUCAUUAUGCUUAUCCAUAUAUUUCACUGCUUGUAAUAAUUGUUUUACUCUAGUGUUAACAUGUAAUAACCUGUAUCAUUGUGUUUUUUUGGAGAAGGGCUUGGAAGGUGUUUGGUUCAAGGGAAGCAUGCAUAAAUGCUAGGUUGAAGGUGUUCCUGGAAUAUAAUAUAGGCUGGGUGUGGUGUCAAGACCAGCUUGUAUUUGCUCAUAGUGAGUCCAUACACACAUUUGCCACUAUAGCCUCUGGUCGCUGCCCUCAGCCAUAAAGUAGUGUUCUGCUCUCCAUGCCAAAGGAACUGAUCAACAAACCUCUCCUCUAAUGGUCAAAUUGUGUUUACUUUUUACUGAGCACUACAUUACAUGAUGUAAAUACUAA